CACACACAGACCAGGCCUGUAACUACUCCCUGGGAACCUGCGUGUCAGCAGCCCGGAGCCCAAAGCCUGCCCUGAAGCCUGCACAAUCAAUCCUGACGGAAGCGGAGGGACGAAGUGCAAUCCAUCCAGGGCGCAGCAGAGUUUUGAGAGAGGCAUUAAUAUUAAUGCCUUGGCGUCCACCAAGGGACCACUGGGACUAAUUCUCUUGGCAAACUUGUGGCCAGCCAAAACUACCAUGCUUCACAUCCCGGUUGUGCUUGGUUAUCGCCCAAGAUUGGCUUCCACAAGAGAUGAGAUGUGGUCUGAGGGACGGUAUGACUACGAACGGCUUCCGAGAGAACGAGCGCCCCCUAGGAGCCAUGCCAGUGAUGGCUACCAUAGAGUAGUUAAUGUUGUGCCAAAGAGACCACCUCUGCUAGACAAGAGACCGCCUCUGCUAGACAAGAGACCGCCUCUGCUAGCCAGACCUGAUGAAGGAGGCUACAGUAGAUAUUACAGUCAUGUUGAUUACCGAGAAAGUGACGAGGGCCGCAGUUUUUCUCAUGAUCGAAGAAGUGGCCCACCUCACAGAGGAGAUGACUCUGGCUACAGAUGGACAAGAGAUGAUCAUUCCACAAGCCGACAGCCUGAAUACAGGGACAUGAGAGAUGGCUUUAGAAGAAAAAGUUUCUACUCUUCCCAUUAUUCAAGAGAACGGUCUCCCCAUAAAAGGGACACUCCUUUUUUCAGAGAGUCACCUGUAGGCCGGAAGGAGUCCCCACACAGCAGAUCUGGCUCCAGUCUCAGCAGUAGAAGCUACUCUCCAGAACGAAGCAGGACGCACUCCUUCCACCAAUCUCAGCAUCGAAAGUCUUCGCAUGUUGGUGCUUCCUACAAACGACAGAAUGAAGCAAAUCCAGGAAGAGGUAAAGAGAGGUCCAUCCAGUCUUUGAAAACAUCAAGAGAUACUUCACCCUCAAGUUCUUCAGCAGUUUCUUCAUCCAAGGUGUUAGACAAACCUAGCCAGCUAACUGAGAAGGAACUUGCUGAGGCUGCAAGCAAGUGGGCUAAUGAAAAGCCAGAGAAGGCAGAUGAAAAUAACUUGACUGAGAUUUCUGAGUUUGAGACGGGAUCCACGGCACCCUUAUUUAUCGAUCAGAUAGAAGAACCCGAGUCAAACACAACAGAUGGCACAGAAUUGUAUGAAGACAACCAGAUUAGCAGUCGCUCUAAAGCCAUUGCAUCAAAAACCAAAGAGAUUGAACAGGUUUACCGACAAGACUGUGAAACUUUCGGGAUGGUGGUGAAAAUGUUGAUUGAAAAAGACCCUUCAUUAGAAAAAUCUAUACAGUUUGCAUUGAGGCAGAAUUUACAUGAAAUAGGUGAGCGAUGUGUUGAGGAACUGAAACAUUUCAUUACCGAGUAUGAUAAUUCUACUCAAGAUUUUGGAGACUCUUUUUAGAAGAAUUAGUGCCCAAGUCAAAACUUUUUUUAAAGCUUCUAGAUUUUCUUCUCCUUGGAUUGUUUAAAUCCUUACUAUUUUGUGAUGAAGAGAAAACUUUAUGAUAGCUGACCACAUUUCUAGUAUCAAAUAAACAUCUACAAUAGCUUUUAAAGUAUCUCAAUUAAAAUGUUUUCCCUGUGUGUAGAAUAUUCAAACCGGUCUUCUUACACCUCCUCCCUCCCCAAAAUAAUGUUCGAUUAAUUUUUUAGUGUUUGAAAAAGCAGUUCUGGAGAGCAGUUCUCUGUACUUAACACAUGUUCAAUAGUCUUCCAUGGUAUGUUGGUCUCGGGAGUAUAAUUUGUAGUUACAGAUCAUUCCAGGUUGUAUCUCAUGGCACUAUUAGCAUUUUGCAUUGAGUUUGACUUUGCUUCUUGCUUUUCUUCAACUUUGUAACUUGGCAACAUCAAAAUAUGCUGUGUUAAUGAAUUAGAACUUUGCUAUGUUAAGAUUUGGUUUUGAGAAGAAUUCUUAUUUAACAUAAGAAAGAAGCACUUAAAUCUAUAAAGGACACAUAAGAACAAAACCUUCUUCUCAAGUCAGUGAACUUGGUGCAUCUCUCCUAUGAGGUGAAACUCCUGACUGCUCUCUCUGAACAACAUUAUAGAUAAGACUGAUAGGAGGGGUAAUCUGAGAUGCAUUUUAAAUUGAUUUCUCAGAAACCCUCCUAGUGGCUGUACUAAAAUUUAAGACUAUUCAAGAACCUAGAGUUUUGUUUAGGUCCUUUCUUUUUCAAAGUGGGGCCUGACAAGGAGCUUGUGCUUGUGAUUAAACAACUGAUUUCUCUGCUAGUUUCCAUGUUCGCGAUUCUGUAGGCUUAGAAAAUCUCCCUCUUCACAAGUGUUAUCAUAGAAACAACACAGAAAACAUCAAGGCCAGCACAGCUCCCCUCACCUUGUGAGUAAGCUAGUGAGUAAGUGAAGAGACAAUUAAGACAUCCCACUCAUUUCCUGGUCCCUUCCAGCAUAGCACUGAGCCAAAACACAUAAUUUGUGACAUUAGGUACCUUUAAAAAAAAAUCAUGAUUUUAAUUACUGCCCUAUUUCAUUAUUUACCUUUUUUUGAGUCGGGAUUUUACAGUAUAGUUCUAGCUAGUCUGAAAACCUCUGUAUAGACUAGCAUUAAGCACAUGUGCCACCAUGCUCAGUAUCCUUUUUGCCCAUUUUCAUUCAUUUCUGUUCUUUUUCCUUUUUUAUUUGAGACGGGACCUUACUGUGUAUCCUAGACUGGCUUCAAACUUUCUUGCCCUGGUCUUUAGCUUUUGGUUUUUCCUGCGUCGACUUUCCCGAUAGCUUGGGUUGCAGGUGUGAGCUGCCAUGCAUGUCAUUACUUUUAGUGGCCUCCAUUGAUGAUGUCUACACAGAUACCCCCAAAGUACAUACAGAUUAUAUUAAAUGUAGAAAUAGCAGAAUGAAUAAUUUUUUUCAUGAGCCCUACAAUGGAUGUGUGAAUAUACGUAUUUUUUUUUUUUUUCACAUUUCCUAUGUGAAAACACUUGGAGCUAUUUUUGGCAUUGAGAUUCUAUACAUACCUUUUAUAAAUGGGCGCCCCCUUGGUGGAAGCUGUAACUGAACUCUGGUUCCUUGAGAAAGACAGAUAAGUACUGAUGCUACUUUCCCUUUAUCCCUCCCACUAACCUCCAGCUCCUUUAAUCAAGUUAUCAACAAGCAUAACUAUAAAAUUUGAGAAGCUACCAAGGCAAAUGAAUUGUUCAUUUGGUAGAAAUUCAUUAAAAAGAGAACCUUACUAAUAGUACUAUUUAAAUAUACGUCCAACCAACAAUCUCCUUCCCUCAAAUUACAUUCAGCAUUUGAAGCUAUUUCUAGCUUGCCGUCAGCAUUAUUCUGUAGGCUUGUCAGUGUUAAAUGUUUUGUUUAUUUUUGUUUUUUUUUUUAAUGCCUUUUAAAGUCUAAGGCAGGUAAAUUCAUAUGCAUAUUAGAAUAUGUAUUUUGUAAAUUUUUUUGAUUUAGAGAGAUGGUUGUAAAUUAUCCAUUGUUUUUGAGUAUACCUAAUUUGUGUGAUACCAUUUUCAUUGUCUUACUAUAAAGCCUUGAUGAUCAACAUGGGGGAGGCAGAUACUGUAAAGGUUUUGUGAACUUUAAAAAUGCAAAAUAAAGCAACCAAUACUAAAUA